GUGACAUGGAUAGACUUAAAUUUCUAAUCUGAAAAAGUAAGCCAUAAUUUUGACAAAUAUUUUAGUACAAAUUUCACUUGAAAGUUUCCUUCUAUAUGUGAUUUCCACAUUGAGAAAUAUAGUGCGUGCAUAUAAUAGUACUCUUUAAUUCAUUUCAUUUAUGGACAUAAAGAUGUGCUUUAACAUCUAUGUCAUUUCUCCUCCAACAUUGUUCUGUGUAAUGUAGUAUUGCCUAUCUCACAGGUGUGUACAGAGCAGUCUAAAGGAGAAGUAGUAAAACGAUCAUGGAAACAGUCCUUUGGGAAACAGUAAAUAGCUGAUCUUUGAUCUUGUUACACUGCUCUUUGCCUGAGUGAUUUAGCCUUCAUUUAGACAGACUCAUUAGAGGUUACCCAAAUUCAAAUUCAGGGAGCUCUCUGUCUUGUCCCCUACAACACACAUUUACCCACCUGUAAGAAAUAUGUUUAGUGAUCUUCAUAAGACUUGCUUUCCCCUGUCUGUAUAUGUAUUUAUAGUAGACAGUUCUUAGUUCUUUUUACAUAAAAUGUAAAAGGCUGUUAGGACCAAGUAGUAUCUCACAAAAGAUAGACUUGGGCACAGUGUUAAAGUCUGCUUCCUAAGCCUCAGGUUUCAUUUCAUUCUACUUUUUAUGAACAUUACUAAGUUCUUUUAGACUUACUUUUAAAAGAAACAAAGUAGUCACAUCUUAAUUUAUAAAUAGGAAAACAUGGGACUACAGCAGUGUAGUUAACUGCUGUCAUUUGACCUUAAGGAUUUUAAUGUUUUGUUUUUAAAACAUUUUCUUUAAAGUUUUAGAUUUCAAUAGUGUAAACAGCAAGGUUUUGCUUCUGUCUUAGAAAAAUUACCAUUUAAAGUUUUUUUGACUUACAGAAAGAUAAUUUUAAAAAUUACUUGUUGCCAAGGGAGUGUUUGACAAUCUCAACCACAGUGUGUUGAAGAGGAUAAGGGUAGUGUUUAAAAUAUUAAGAAUUGUUUCCCAUUUAACAAUUUUGAAAACUUUAUAUAAUUUAAAUUUUAAACUAUUAAGAAGAUAAUUCUAGCCUGGCAACUUUGGCGCAUGCCUUUAAUCCCAGCACUUGGGAGGCAGAGGCAGGCGGAUUUCUGAGUUCGAGGCCAGCCUGGUCUACAGAGAGAGUUCUAGGACAGCCAGGGCUACACAGAGAAACCCUGUCUCUAAAAACAAAAACAAAAACAAAAAUGGAUAAUUUAGUUUUUCUUAAGAAGUGUGAAGAAAAAAUAUGUUGGUUUGAAAUACUGUGGCAAAUUUUCAUUGAAAACUUUGAGAAAAAUAAGUUCCUAAUCUAUUGGAGCUUCCAAGUUGAGCAAUAACUGAUCCUAAUUGAGUAUUGUCACAGCUAACCUCUAGGUUAGAGCUCAGAUAGAAUGAUUUUUGCAUUAGAUGAUGAUUUAGGCCAAUAUAGAAAGUAGACAGAUUAUACUUAUUUGUAUUUGAUUGCCAGAUUUUUUUUUACAAACAUCUCAUACAUUUUAUUAGUGCCCCUAAAUUAAAAUAAACUUUACAAUUUUUAUUACCAAUGUUUUAGGAAUGAGGCAGUGAUACUUAGUGUGCUGUCAGAGUGUCUGUUAGGACUACAUGCCUGACUCUGAUUGGUUUCUACUUGAGUAACAGAAAAAGCCCUCUUUUCUUUUUUUCUUAGAGAUUGAUAGUAGGUGGUGAUAAGAGUAUGAACACAAUUUAUUAUCUUCUGUAGGCAUUAGGGGAGCCCUCAAAAGCUGACUUUUUAAAACAUAUGGUAGAUGAUGUUGGUAACAGACAAUUGGCUGAUAGAACCAGGACUGGAAGCCAAGUGUGGUGAUAUAUACCUGUAAUUUCAGCACUGGGGAGGUGAGGGCAGGAGGACCAGGACUUUGAGACCAGUCUCAGCUAUAUAGUUAGCUCCAGCUUGCUUGGGCUUCAAGACAAAACCCUGUCUCAUAAAAUCAAAAGACAAAAAUACAAAUCUAAAUGUAGGUUAUUUCCUACACUUAGGGUUUUAUCAGUAGAUUCUAAGGACAGAUGAUACAAUUAUUAAAUAAAAAACUAUUGUAGUUAUGAGUUUUCAAAGUUGCUAGACAAUAUUCAGUCUCCAGGUUUUUGUUUUGUUGUUGGUUUUUUGUUUUGUUUUGUUUUUCUGAUACAGGAGCUCAACAUCUAGCCUUGAGAUUUUACAGAGUUCUGUCUGCCUCUACCUCUUAAGCAUUAAAGAUCCCUGGGUAUCAGUAUGUGUCGCCUGAUGGCAAUUGUGUUGAACAUGUUCAGACAUCUGCCUUUAUUCAGCAACCCUUUGUUGAUGAAGAUCCUGAUAAAGAAAAAAAAAUAAAGGAGCUCGAGUUGCUUCUUAUGUCAGCCGAGAAUGAAGUUAGAAGGAAGAGGCUUCCACCUCAACCUGGAAGCUUUUCUAGCUGGUCUGGUAGUUUCCUCAUGGAUGAUAGUAUGUCUAACACACUGAAUAAUCUGGAGGAACACACUACUGAGUUUUAUAGCAUGGAUGAAAAUCAGACUGUUUCUGCUCAGCAGAAUUCACCCACAAAGUUCCUAGCUGUAGAAGCAAAUGCCGUGCUGUCUUCUCUACAGACCAUCCCAGAAUUCGCAGAAACUCUGGAACUAAUUGAAUCGGAUCCUGUAGCAUGGAGUGAUGUUACCAGUUUUGAUCUUUCUGAUGCUGCUGCUUCUCCUGUCAAGUCUACUCCAGUUAAAUUAAUGAGAAUUCAACAUAAUGAAGGAGCCAUGGAAUGCCAGUUUAACGUCAGUCUUGUACUUGAAGGGAAAAAGAACAGUCGUAAUGGUGGAGACAGUGAAGCUAUUCCUUUAACAUCCCCAAAUGUGGUCAAGUUUAGCACUCCUCCAACCAUCCUCAGAAAGAAGAAAAGAAUUCGAGUGGGUCAGUCUGCAGGCAGUGAGCUUGGCGAUGGCUCACUUAGCGAAGUUGGUAAUGCAGCACUCAAACACACACCAGUGAAAACACUACCAUUUUCUCCUUCUCAGUUUUUUAACACAUGUCCUGGAAAUGAACAACUUAAUAUAGAAAACCCUUCCUUUACAUCAACCCCAAUUUGUGGGCAGAAAGUUCUCAUUACAACUCCUCUUCAGAAGGAAGCAACCCCCAAAGAUCAAAAAGAAAAUGUAGGAUUCAGAACUCCUACUAUUAGAAGAUCUAUACUGGGCACCACACCAAGAACUCCUACUCCUUUUAAGAAUGCACUUGCUGCUCAGGAAAAAAAAUAUGGACCUCUUAAAAUUGUGUCCCAGCCACUUGCCUUUUUGGAAGAAGACAUUCGAGAAGUUUUAAAAGAAGAAACUGGAACAGAUAUAUUCCUCAAAGAGGAAGAUGAACCUGCUUAUAAAAGCUGCAAACAGGAGCACUCUGCAUCUGUGAAGAAGGUCAGAAAAUCCCUUGCCUUAGAGAGCUGGGACAAAGAAGAACCAGGGACUCAACUGCUAACUGAAGACAUUUCAGACAUGCAGUCAGAAAAUAUUCUUACAACAUCUUUAUUAAUGAUACCAUUAUUGGAAAUACAUGACAAUAGGUGCAACUUGACUCCUGAAAAACAAGAUAUAAAUUCAGCCAACAAAACAUAUACACUUAAUAAAAAGAGACCAAACCCUAACCCUUGUAAAGCUGUCAAAUUGGAAAAGAGUCUUCAGUCAAAUUGUGAAUGGGAAACAGUGGUAUAUGGGAAGACAGAAGACCAACUUAUCAUGACUGAACAAGCGAGAAGAUAUCUGAGUACUUACACAGCUACCAGCAGCACAUCAAGAGCUCUAAUACUCUAACUGUUACUAAAGCUGAUAAAAUGCCCUACCCCUUUACUGUAUUUUAUGCUAAAUUAGGUUGCAAUGAAAUUUGUCUCAAUUAAUUCUUUUAAAGGUUUUAAUACAUCCCUAAAAUGGUUCACGUUUUUUUCUAUAUUGAACAGGCAAAAAACUAAUAAGCUACUUAAAGUAAGGGGUAGGCAAAUUUAUUAUUUAUAUGUUUAAGAAAUGAGAGUUUUAAAAUUUGUUUUAAAGAACAAAAUGGGAAAAUAAGCAUGUUUCUGGAUAUUCCAUAGUAAAUUCUCACAUAAUUUCUUUACAGGAUAUAUGUUGCUACUGUCUCAAGGCUGUAGUCUGUUAUAAACAAGUUAAGUAUGUGUGACCUCUGAAAGUCUACAUUUAGGAAGCACAGAGGCUUUAUGAAGUACUUUUGCAUGUGUGCUGAUUUACUAAGACUACCAUUCAUAAAGAAACACAGUGGGAAGGAGUCUCAAGGAAGCUAGAAGUUGCACUACUAAUUUUGGUAUUUUUCAGAAACAAUGAAAUUAACUACAGUGUUAAGGAUAUUUAUUUGUGCAUAGUACUAAAAAUGCAUUGAAAAUGGGCUUUUUCUUACUAGUAAAGAGUCAGUAUUUCUUCAUAAGUCUCAGAAGAGCUGAGAAUUUUGUUGAAUGUAUUGUACAGUAUAUAGGAGCAAGAAAACUUUGUAAAUUGGAAAGAUGUCUGUUUUUAUAACUUAUUUUCAUUUUUAAAGCUUAAAUGUAGAUAUUUAUAUAUACAGGGUGUCUAGAAGCCAGUGUUGUUUCUUGCCAUUACAGCUAACAUAGUAAACAAUAACUUUGACUUUCAAGUAUGAAAUAGUUAAGUUAUAGCUGCAAAGAAUACAAUAUCUAAACUGUAUGUCACAUCUACCUAAAUAUUGCACUAUAUCCUUUAAAUCAUGUUGGUUUUAAAGUAGUUCUAAAAUGUACUAAAUAAUAAUUUAAUAUUUUCUUUUUAAAUUAUAUUGGAGGGUCAUAUAAAUUAAUCUGGUGAAUUGUAUAUGUGUUUGAAAUUUUCAUUUUGUUUAAAAAACAAUACGGUACCUUGUUCCCUAAAACAGUCUGCACUUAGAAGUUUAUUGUAUUUACUCAAUGUUUCAGAAGUAGAAAAUAUUAUCUUUAUUUAUACAAAUAUUUUUGUCCUUUUAUAAAUGUUUUGUGUUUCCAGAUUACAACAUUUGCUUCAGUUGCCUGUUUAGGUGUUUGCACUUAUUUUAUCUCUUUUUGAAAGAAUGUCUUUGCUUAUGUGGUAGAGAUUUUAUGUAAUUUUUUGAGAUGUAUAAUGGUGUGCUGUCAACCUAAACACUGACAGGCAAAUAGAAUUGUACACUGUAGUUUGAAUUAUUUAUAAUUGACACACUCUCUCCCUCUCCACUCCUGAAGUAUGCUGCUAUAGAAAGUAGCAGAAUCGGCUUGCUGCUAUGAGAGAUGGAAAGAGCGACCACCACUUGCACUGUGUGAAAAGAUAAGCAAAUGAUGGCACGUUCUCAAGUUAACUAAUGGAUUCAACUAUUCCCAAGCAGAUUCUUACAAAGACCAAAACACCACUAUGCCUCAAAACCAAACCAAACAGCUUAAGAUUUUUAAAACUCUAUUUAUCUGUUAAUAGAAAUGGGACUACUGAAUAUUUUAAUGCCUAGUUCUUCAACAGUAGACCUAAAGGGUUUUAAGCUUUAAAUCCAAUUGCUAGUUUUUGCAUACUAUAUGUUAGUGAGAAGUAAAGAAUAUGUGUGGUGGUAUUAAGAUUAUGCCUUCUUGAUAACAAUAGGUAAAACAAUUUGAAUCUUCUUAGCAUGUUAAAUGUUUAUUUUUUCUAAUUAAUGAACUUCUCACAGAAAUUUUGCUUUGUAAAACCAAUGAUUGUGGAAAAAAAUCUAUAUAUCAUUUCAGUUACUUUGGGGUAACAAUAGCACAUAAUUCCUUUUUUAAAAAAUGUAGCCUUCAGCUGAUUGGAUGUAAUAAUCUCCAGUGGCCAAAGUAUAUAACUCAGACACGUUACAUAUUCUAAAACAUAAUUUUUCUUGAGCAUUAAGUUAACACAAAUGUUAAUGUAUUAUACAUAAGCUUCAGCUUAUGGGACAGAGUACAUAUUUGGGUUGGUAUUGGUUGAAUCCUCCAGUUAACUGCUUUGUUGUUGUUUUUUUUUUUUUUUUUUUUUUUUGCAAGAUUUGUAAUCAUAAAACUGUUAGGCAUCUUAAGUCAUCUUUUUCUACUGUUCAUUUAUAUUCUUCAGUUUUCUGAAGAUGCCAGACGUACAGGUAGCAGCCAUUCAUGCAUGGAAACUGACUUCACACAUACCAAUACUGCAUUUUGUUGUAAGGUUUUCACAUUAAUACAGCAAUUACACUGAUUAAAUUGAGUUUUUUUAAUAUAUGAAAAACUUUGCAUUGUAAGAGAAUCUUGCAGACAAUGUUGAAAUCUAUUAACAUCCAAAUAAAAGCAUCUGUGUACAAGCUG